AUGAGUUUUAUGUCAUCUCAGUAUGAUGACAUUUUAAAAGGUGUGAAGAAAAAUACAAAAACAAUCAAAUGCUUAAAAAAAGAGAAUGCAACUCUCAAAGAGGACGUGAAAAAGUUGCAAUCGACGGUAACGUUUUUAAACAAAGUACGUUUGCAGAAUGACUGUGUUAUCAAUGGUAUUACAGUUGAUGAUAAAACUAAGCCAAUUGAUGUUGUUAUUGCCGUAGCAAAUACCAUUGGAGCAAAGAUUGUCGAAGAUGAUGUAGAAGAUGCAUAUUUUUUGAAAAAGAAAAACCAAGCAAGCCCAAAAACUGUUGUUGUUAAAUUUGUUAACAACAAAACCAAGUUGAAAUUUAUGCAGGAGAAGAAGAAAUUGAGAGAACAACUAGAAACAAAGUCAGUAUACAUUAAUGAUUUUGUAUCUAAAGAUACAAUGGAAGUUUUUCACCACGCAAAAUCCUUAAAAGCUGUUGGGUACAAGUUUAUUUAUACACAUGGAGGGAAAGUUUUUGCAAAGAAGGAUGAAAAAUCAAAACAGAUUCGGUUGAAAUUGAUGGGUGACGUUGAUGAUCUUUUAAAGCAAGUGGUAUCGAAAGGCAAACAUGAGCGCAAAUUAAUUGAGGUUGAGUUAAGCGAUGAUGAUGAGGAGGAGGAAGAUUCAGAUGAUGAAGAAAAUGAUGAUGAAGAUGGGUUUCACUCACUGAUUGAUUUUAUAUACGUAGUAAUACAUUUAAAAUUCCACUUAAUUUAA